AUGGCAGCACAAGUGGUAGCUAAAGCCAUAGCCAUACUAGCAAUCCUGGCUACCCUCUCCUCUCAGGCCGCUGCGGUGGAAGUGCUGUUCAGCGGGCAGACUCUCUUUGCAGGUCAGUCCAUAGAGAACGGGCCUUACAAGUUCAUCAUGCAGUACGACUGCAACCUUGUGCUCUACAUCAACGGAAACAGGGCCCUGUGGGCUUCCGGCACCAAUGGGAAAGGCACUAACUGUAGGGCAACCCUACAGAGAGACGCCAACUUGGUUGUCUACUCAGGAAGUAAUGCUCUUUGGGCGAGUGGGACGGCAAGAGCACAGAACAACUACGUUCUCAAUGUACAGUUCGACGGGAAUGUGGUGAUCUACGGCCCUUCUAUCUGGGCUACCAACACGGUUCAGAGUGCCAGCAGGAAACUCAAGCCGUAGAUCCAAAUUAAC